AUGUAUGAAUUUUUAAACUUGUGUGUUUAUUUAUUUUUUGUUGGUACCCUCUGUUGGAAGUUACCAUCUUUUAUUGGUAAAUUCAGAUUCAACAACACCAAAAGAAACAACAAAGAAAAUGUUGACUGCCAAUGUUGGAACAGUGAAGUCAAUUACUGGGCAAGUCAAGUACUCCAACAAAACCAACUACAAGAACCACAAGAACACCUCCAACACAUCCAAAACCUCCAAAAACCCCAACUACUCCAUCUUUACCAAGAACAAGAGCACCUCGAACAACCUCAACAAAAACAAAAAAACCAAGAACAAGAACACCAAAAACUCCAACCAAAAGAACCACAUCAAUCACAACCACAGCAAUCCCAACAACCAAUUCCACAAGGACCAAUCCCAUUCAUCCAGCUAAUUCGUCAGCAACCACAACAUCAACAACCACAACAAUCACAACAACCAAUCCCAUUUCUCCAACGAAUUAGUCAACAAUCCCAACCCCAACAAACACAGCAAUCACAACAACCAAAACAAUCACAACAACCAAUUCCAAAGCAACCAAUUCCACAACAACCAAUUCCACAACAACCAAUCCCAUUUAUCCAACGAAUUCGUCAGCAACCCCAACCACAACAACCACAGCAACCACAACAACCAAUCCCUUUCAUCGAACGAAUUCGUCAGCAACUCCAACAACAACAAAUUCAUUCACAACCAACACAACAACGCCAAACCCAAAAUGCUCCAAUAAAGCCAAAUGAAAUCGAUUUAUCUUUGGUCAAUUCAAAUGGAAGAUUAAGUUUAGAUCCAACUCCAUUGAAUGAAACAGAAAAGGCAUAUAUACGUUUAAAUGAACGUAUCGAACUAUACCAACUAAUGCCAAAAAAGGAAAUCCCAGGUGAUGGUAAUUGCCAAAUGCAUGCGCUAUCAGACCAGAUAUUUGGUGACUUGGAGCAUAGUGUAAUAAUAAGAAAUAAUAUUGUAGAUUGGCUUAAACAAAAUAAAGGUUUUUACCUUCCAAAUGGAGAAACCCUCUCAGACUUUGUAACUACAAACAGUUGGGAGGAAUAUUGUGAUAGUAUGUCCAAAAAUGGCACAUGGGGCGAUCAUUUAACAUUGGUCGCUGCAGCUGAAAUUUAUAAGAUAAAUAUUUCUAUAGUAUCUUCAGUUGAAUCACAGAGUAGUUCUUUCAUAGAAAUUACUCCAAGCAUUAAAUGCGAGAAUGGAAUUUUGUUAUCACAUUUUGCAGAAUUCCAUUACGGUUCUUUAUGCCCAUUAGCCAAUUAA